AUGCCUUCUUUGAUCAUUAUGUUCCCGCUCUUUAUCAUCUUAACCCUACAAACUUCCCUCACCGCCGGCGUUAAAAACCCAAACCCACCGGUUUUUCUACUUCCGUUGAUCAAAGACAAAGCCACGAGCCUCUACUACACAAACCUCAACCUCGGAAACAACAAUCAAUCUCCUCUCACUCACAGCCUCGCCGUAGAUAUCGGCGGUGGCUCAUCCGUUCUCCUCCGCUGCAACACUGCCGCUAAAUCCACCACUUACCUCCCAAUCGGCUGCAACUCAGCUAGAUGCAAACAAGCCAAGCCCGACUUGCUCUGUUUCAACAAGACCAACACUUGCGGCAAAUACGUCUCCACUUCCUUCACCGAGCAUCCACUCAACACACUUCUCGGUCUUGACUCCGUCUCUCUUCUCACCCUGAAACCCAACGGCGUCACUAACACCGUCCACUCUUCGCUGACUUUAGCUUGCACCAACGACGCUAACGCAUUAAAGCUCAUGCCGGAAGUUGUCAACGGAACCAUCGGUCUUGGCAAGUCUUCAAUCUCGCUCCUUUCCCAGUUGGCGUCGAUGCACAGAAUCCGGCGAAAUUUUGCUCUCUGUUUACCCUCUAAACCGGCCGGUUUAGGAAGUCUUCACAUUGGAGGAGGCUCUGUUUACACUAACGAUGUCUCGAAGAGCUUAGCCUCGACGCCUCUGAUCGUUGACGGUAAGUCCGGUGAGUACUUCAUUGACGUGAAUUCCAUCGAAAUCGCUGGAAAGAUCAUUCCUUUAGAUAAGAAAAGCCGUGGAAACGCUAUGAUCUGUACUCUGGCUCCUUACACCGUCUUGCAGACUUCUAUUUACAAGGCUCUGGUUAGGGAAGUUGUGAGGGAAACUAAGAUGUUGAGAGCCGCAAAGGUGAAGCCUUUCGAGGCAUGUUUCAGCUCCAAAGGGAUGAGACUUGCGGCGUCGGUUCCGGUGAUUGAUUUGGUGGUGAACGGCGGAGCUAAGUGGAGGAUCAAUCCGUGGAAUUCGAUGGUGAAGAUGAAGGGAGAUGUGGUUUGUUUAGGGUUUUUGGAUGGAGGUGUGAAUAUGAAGACGACGGAGAUGGUGAUCGGAGGUUUUCAAAUGGAAGAUCAUGUUGUGGAGUUCGAUCUCGAAUCUAGCAAGUUCUCUUUUUCAUCUUCGCUUUUGCUUCACAAUACCUCUUGUAGCCAUAAGUAA